UCCAUCGGUUUUUAUCCGACUUCAUUGCUGAGCGAAACAGUUUUGCUCUGAUGUUUCUGUGUGACACAGUUUCUGAUGGUUUUCCUGUUCUAGGAGCUUACUGAGCGGCGAAAGUGAGCUGAGGUCGGAUUGCGAUCCGCAGCUCAUCAUAUCAAUUCCGUUCAACCAACCUGUGAAAAUACAUUCCAUUUAUUUGAAAGGCAAAGGUUCAGCGGCCCCAAAAACAGUCAAAAUUUUUACAAAUCUGGCGAAUAUUCUCGAUUUUGAUCGAGCAGCUGGCGCUGAUGGCGUCACAGAAGGUGAACUGUACAAUCUGCGAUAUGUGAAAUUCCAAAGUGUGAAGAAUGUGCAGCUGUUUAUUGAGGACAAUCAGGGUGGUGCUGAAAAUACGACAAUCGAGGCACUUCGUCUUUUUGGGACACCUCUUUCAGCUACCAAUAUGCAAGAUUUCAAACGGGUGAGUGAGCCAAGUCUGAUUGUUUGAGA